UUUAACUUAUUUCACCAGCUUAGCAUACAGCUAAAAAGAACAGACUAUAGAACAUAGACCAAAGUUCUUCAAAGAAAUAACCUCAAGUGAAUCGCAGAAAUUGUUAUAAGAAAAUAAGGAUUUUUUUUAAUAUACAAGGAAAAAUAAUUUAUUUUUUAAGAAAAACAAUAGUGAAAAUUGUGAAAAUAAUUCUGCAAAUUAACGAUAUAAGUACGUCAGGUACAAUAGGACCCCAAGGACUCCAACUAAUUUUAUUUUCGUGAUAAUUCCUAAACUAUCCACUGUAUGGCGCUAAUAUCUUCAAUAUCUUUUGAGUAACAGUUUUCAGUGUGACAGAAGAAAAGAUAAUCGAGUUAUUUCUGAAAAUUAAUAAAGAUGCAGCGUAUAGGAGUGUGCAGUAUUCGAAGUAUUUGCAAUAUCCUAGGUAGCAGAGCAUAUGCUACUGCACCUGCACAGGAACAGAUGGUAACUGCUACUUUUAAAGUUCAAGAUCUCAAAGAUUUUGAUGAGCGUGUGAAGAACUCCAAAGUACCAGUUAUUAUAGACUUUUUUGCAACAUGGUGUAAUCCUUGUCGCAUGUUAACUCCAAGAAUAGAAACUAUUAUUGCUGAAAAGCGAGGAAAGAUACUAUUAGCCAAAGUUGAUAUUGAUGAAAACACAGACCUUGCUCUUGAUUACCAUGUUGGAUCUGUACCUGUACUCAUUGCUAUGAAAGAUGGAAAAGUUUUAGAGAGAAUUGUCGGUCUUCAAGAUACCGACAAACUUAGACAGUUUGUUAACAAGUAUGCAGAAUAAUAUAGCUAAAAGUUGUUACAUAAAUUGUUUGUAACGAUUGUAGUGUGUUAAAGAAGCAAUUUAUUUUACUUGUAUUGAAAAAUUUCUAUAAUAAAAAUAAAUAUACACACACACA